AUGGUGCAGCAGCUUCCAAACAGUGAGGAAGUGGAGCUCCUCGAGUUGCGUUCUGAUGGGUUAAAGCUAUUUUGGUGCAACUAUGUCAUCACUUUCAACUCCACCACCGCCAUGGAAUCAUCAGGUUUCCAGGACUUCCUGCGGAGCCAGCCCAGCGACUUCUCCCAGCAUUUGUCUGGGCAUCUCAACUUCUCCACUUUUCCGCCUCUUUGGGAGUGUCAGAAUCUUCUUCCCAUGGAGGUCUCCAGAUUGACCGAGCCAGUGAAUUCCCUCGUUGCCGGAACAACCAGUGUGGCUCACUGGAGAGUUGGCAGCAAGAAGAUGAGCUUCGCCUUUGGUUUUGACGAGUUCAAUGCAAGAGCGGAUCUGCCCAACGUGCGGCAGUACGGUGGGUACAAUUGGAACGAGAGCGAGCUGGAGCAGGUCAGUGAGUAUUACCAGGGGUUGCGUCAAUCGGAAUUGGAGGAGGAGGCCCAACAGCUUCUAGUUGGUGACCUUGAGGGGUGCGAGCUCGGGUCUUCUGAUGUCAUAUGCCACACCUCUGACAACGGUGGAACCUGCUCGGAACGGUGUGGUAACUCUAACGGUGGUACCUGGCGCUUUUGCAGAUCCCAAAACUGCACCAGGAACUGCAGCGCAUCGGUGUGGGUCUAUUGUUGGCUGUCCUUUCCGCCUCAUUCGAAUGGCCUGCCAGCUGUCAACGAAACUCUAUCCGCCUUGGCAGUGAACGGAUCCAAAGCCACUUUCGACACCAACGAUCUGCAGGUCUUCGAAGCCCCCUGUUGA